AUGGACACGACAACCACCAGUGCGGCCGAGCCCGCGGCUGCCAAUGCCCAUGUGCCAGCUCGGUUCAACCGCGAGUCGUCGAGCGCCUCCACAGUGAAGGGCGAUACCAGCAGCCAGACGUCUCAGCCACCAACGCAGACGUCCACUUCCAAGUCUUCGCCGCUGGCCUCACGUGAAACCUCCCCGGGCCGCGCGCCGAUACGCUCGGGAGCCCCCAGGACUGCUUCUGCAGCUGGCAGCACGAGGUCACGCAAGAGCAGCUCACAAGAAACUAGUCCACAACGAACACACUCGAAAACAGCAGCCCCAACAAGUGCCCCGGCCGGUGGCAAGAUAUCGUCUACCACAACGCCGAGCCUGGGCCCAGUCAACACCGAUGCGACUGCCCGUGUCGCAGCUCCUCAAAGAUCACCCGUCACGGCUGAGCACUUGAAAGAGAGUCCACGUUGGCCAGUCUCUCCGCGGCUACGCUCUCCGCCCCCUACGGCCAUGCUGAACCGUCCCAAUCUCCCACCGCCACGCAAGGGUGAACUAGAACCACCCGCGAUCCAGGUCCAGCGCUCAUCACCUCCACCGCCACCUCCGCAGCAACAGGAAUCGAGCCAGAGCGACAAUGACGCUGACGAGGCCCACCUGCAGCCUGGUACGAGGACGCCCGCACGGGGUGCCAGUGGCAGCAAUAGUACGACCGCCUUAGAAACCGUAGAAGAGGUUAGCCCCUUGGCAUCACCGCAGGAAGGCGAGGGCGUGUCGGAAAAGGCGGAGGAUCUCACAGCGUCGGAGGCAGGGUCACAAGCCGACCAUCUUGAAUUUUCGGUCCAUGGCGCAGAAAAGUCCCAGGCGCCAUCUACCACCAACGACAGCAGCAGCGAGAGUGGGAGUGUCAAGGGUGACAGGAGACGUACGGCCGCCGGCUUGCCUCCGACCUUGAAGUCUCGGCAAUCCAGCGCGUCUACCAAGAAGUCAAAACCCUCGGAAGGAUCCGUACAGCACAUGACCGUGGAAACUGAGACCGUGACCUCGAUACCGCAACACUCACUCGCCCCUGUGGCUGUGAAAGAGGGGACAGGUAGCACUCUGAGGACGAGGCCAAGCUCGGAGACGAUACGGCCCAAGAAAGAAAAGACGGCCGAGUAG